CUAGGUCCGAGCGCCACCCCGGAGCGGGAGCGCGGCCUUCCGGCCCGGCUGUCGCGCGGCCUAGUGCCGGGCGCUGUGCGGUGCCGGUGGCUGCUGUGCCCGCGCCGGUUCUCGCGGGAGCCCGAGUCGUCCGCCUCACUAUGUCAGGGAGGAAACUGAGUCCCCAGGGGCAGUUGCUCGCCCGAGUUACCCAGCUGCACCAGAGGCUUCUCGUUUCUGCCGCCUCCUCGCUCCUUCCGGGACCCGGCCCCGGGCCUGUGGGUCCAAGGGCCGCCCGAGCUGCGGCGAAAACUUGGCCGACCUUGGCCCUGUCGGGUCGGGCUGUUGCGGGGGAGGGGAGGCGUGUCCCGGGCAAGGUCCCCGCGGCGGCUCCCCCGGCGCAGAACUGCGCUGAGCGCGGCGACCUCGGCGGGGACCGGGGUGAUGCGGCCAGGCCCCGCUCGGGAGGCGCUGCGUCUCCGGCGGGGGACCGCGUGUAAACACUGGGGCAGCAGCGUCGGAAGGGGCAGUGCGCGCGCAGAGGUGGUGGGAACCAGCCGGCGCAGCCAGCGAGCUGGGGGAGUCUUCUAGCCAGACGCUUGUGGAGGGUUCAAGGCUAAGUCGGCGUUCUCGUUGGUCCGUGUCUUAAUUGAACAAAUGCUCGAGUGCCUGCUGUGUACUGAGCGAGCGCUGGGCUGUGCCUGGGAAGUCCCCGCCCUUCGGACAAACUGCACAGCACACCGUUACCUAGUUACUGCUGCUCGAAGGAAACGCGGGGUGCCGGGCGGAGAAGGGGAGGCGAUGCUUGAGUUGAGCUCCAGAAAUGAUUAAGGAUGAGCUUGGAGAAGGGGGUGCUGGUGUUUCGAGCAGAGGCAAUAGUGUGGACAAGGCCAGCGUGGCUGGAGGGCAAGGCUAAAGCAGGUGUGGCUGUGAAGUGUGCAGGGACCGGAGUGGACAGGCCUUGUAGGCUGCGGGGAGUUGGGUACACAGGGCAGAGAAAGAUGGGUUGGGCCUGAUUGGGGACGGCCUGCUGGCCAUGCAGAGGAGUCUAGACGUUAUCCUCUUGGCUCUAGCAAGCAUAGGGGGUUUGAAGCAUGGCAGGGAUAUGAUUAGCACUGUGUUCUAGAGAGAUUCCCCUGGCUGUCGUGUGAGGGUUAGGCCCAGCUGAGUUUGGAGGUAAGUUUGGAGAGGAAGUGGCUGCAGUGACUAAAGUGAGAAACACAGGGAAACAGUGUUGUAUGGAGCUUGUGGCAGCCACUGAAAUUCAGCAAAGAGCCCGGCACACAAAAGGACUUUGAUAAAAGGCUUGAAUUUGAUGAGAAGAUGGAGCCCGUGCAGGAGGCAGCAGGGUCUGCAGACUUUCUACUGCCGUGACCACUGAGUGACCUUAAACCAGUCCCUUCCUCUCUCUAGCUUCUUUUUCUCAUGUAUUGUAAAGUGAGUGAGUGAUACCUCCUCUCCUAGCGGUAGAAGAGAGACCCUCCAAGGGAGGUUUCCAGAAAGAGCUGCUUCGGUCAGCGCAGCCCAGCCCCUCUUCAGAGGCUGCCCUUGGCUCCCCAGUGACUUCUUACCCAGGACAUUCCCAGCCCUUGAACACCGCACCCCACGCCCCACCAUCUACCUUUGCAGCCUUACCAUACUCUGCUCUUUACAUAUCUCUUCACAUUCCUUUCCUAGACCUGUGGUGGUGUUGCUGUUUUCCUUCCCUUCUUACCCCCUCUGAAGUCACCUUGUGGCCUUGGGGCCGGGGGCUGAACUCACCUGGCCACCUGCCUGGUGUGCCUUUCUUAAGCAGUGAUAUUCAGUCUCUGCUAGAAUUAUGUAUUCAGGUCCUAUCUCUUGUCUAGAUUAUGAGUUCCUUGAGAGCAUGGCUGUGUCUUACUCCUUCCAUAGCCCCUACAGUGCCCAGCACAGGGCCUGGCACAGAGUGAGUAUUGUUGGUGUUUGAUGAACAAGGGACUGAAUGAGCUCAUUGACUGCAGCUGCUCACCAUGCAAGGGCAGCUGUGAGGAAUCCAGUCAGCAGCAACUCCACCCAUCUGUGUCUUGCUUUAACAGUUCAUUAAGUACUUUAAAAUCCCGUUUCACUGAUUGACUCUUAAGGUAACUUAGAGUGGCAGCUCUUCCUGUCAUCUUUUUACAGAUGGAGAAACCAACAUUCAGAAAGUUCCUGUGACUUGCCUGUGGCUACUAAGCCAGUAGAUGGCUGAGCCAGGAUGAACACUUGGCUCUUUUCCCCUGUAGCCCAGUAGACAGUUUGGCUACCGGUGGUUGGCUGUUCUUUGUACUGUUGUCUGUUUUACCUCUUCCUCUUAUGGGGGCCCAGCAGCGCUAGGCUGGGUGGCACAUGCUGGCCUUUUUACAUCUUAUCCCCAGGAAUGAAUGUUGGGCUUGGAUGGUACCUACAACUCUGGCUUUCCCAUGAGCUUUUUUAACUUCCAAAGGGUUCUGUUUAAUCUUAAGAAGUUUGCUUGUUGUUUUCUCUUUCUUAUCAACUUAAAAAAAAUUUUUUUUUAUUAUAGUUGAUUUACAAUGUCAUGUUUCUGGUGUACAGCACAGUGAUUCAGUUAUACGUAUAUAUUCUUUAGAAGUUUUGCCUCAGGAAACCUAAGGGCUCAGGAAGGCUCCCAGGGUUGGCCAAGCUUGUAUAGCGAAUCUGAAAUAGAACCUUUAAGGGUCUGGAUUUGUUGUUGCGUGAGGGAAGCCUCUUCGGCUGGUUUUCUCCCCCUGUGAAAUGUCAGAGAAGCCUCAGCGUUAGUCAUGGCUCUGCAUGGCCUGGUUUUGUGGGGCUUGUGUGGUGGCCACUGAGUCUCCUGUGGGGGGUCUUUCACAGGAAGAGGAGUCUGGUUCCUUAAGAUGGCCUGAUAUGAAGGCGUCACGCCUCCUGCGUCCCCAAGCCUCCAGAGCUGCCCUGUGGCUGCCUUGUCCUUCAAGUGCAGGAGCCAGUCGAAAUGUCGGGAAUGGAAGCCAGUGUGACCAUCCCAAUCUGGCAAAACAAGCCGCAUGGGGCUGCUCGAAGUGUAGUGAGAAGAAUCGGGACCAACCUGCCCCUGAAGCCAUGUCCCCGGGCAUCCUUUGAGACCCUGCCCAACAUCUCUGACCUCUGUCUGAGGGAUGUGCCCCCAGUUCCUACUCUGGCUGACAUCGCCUGGAUUGCUGCGGAUGAAGAGGAGACUUAUGCCCGGGUCAGGAGCGAUACACGCCCCCUGAGGCACACCUGGAAGCCCAGCCCUCUGAUCGUCAUUCAGCGCAAUGCCUCAGUCCCCAACCUCCGUGGGUCGGAGGAGAGGCUCCUGGCCUUGAAGAAGCCAGCCCUGCCAGCCCUCAGCCGCACCACAGAGCUGCAGGAGGAGCUGAGCCACCUGCGCAGCCAGAUUGCUAAAAUAGUGGCAGCUGAUGCAGCUUCGGCUUCAUUAACGCCAGAUUUCUUAUCUCCAGGAAGUUCAAAUGUCUCUUCUCCCUUACCUUGUUUUGGAUCCUCAUUCCACUCUACAACUUCCUUUGUCAUUAGUGACAUCACCGAGGAGACCGAGGUAGAGGUCCCUGAGCUUCCAUCAGUCCCCCUGCUUUGUUCUGCCAGCCCUGAAUGUUGCAAACCAGAACACAAGGCUACCUGCAGCUCGUCUGAAGAAGAUGACUGCGUCUCUCUGUCCAAGGCCAGCAGCUUUGCAGAUAUGAUGGGUAUCCUAAAGGACUUUCACCGGGUGAAGCAGAGCCAAGAUCUGAACCGGAGUUUAUUGAAGGAGGAAGACCCAGCCCUCCUUAUCUCUGAGGUCCUAAGGAGGAAGUUUGCGCUGAAGGAAGAAGAUAUCAGUAGAAAAGGAAACUGAUGGCACUCAGCUCUGCAAACUCAGUCUCAUGCUCCUGGAAUUCUUUCAAUAGCUGCCUUCCUCACUGCAGAUGUUUCUGCCUCUCAAUUAGAAAUCUUCUGCAACAGUCUGGCCAAAAGCUAGAGCUUGGACUAAGAGAAGAGCUGCAUUAUAUGUUUUCUGUACUUCAAACCUUAGCAGAAGCUGCCUGUUUUGAGCUGAGACACGUUACAGGUAAUUGUGUAGGUUGGAAUGUCCCAGUUUAAAGGGUGAGAUAGAAGUUUCUGGUUUUUCCUUGCCCCUGUGUGAAAAUAGGUCCUAAAUGAAUGACUGACUUCACUGCACUAGACCCCAUAACUGGUCUCACUGAACACUUUGUGCCCAGCUGUCACUUACUCUCAGCCAGUUCCUUGCAGCAGAGCAGGGCUGAGGGGAGGGGGCUAUGUUUAUGUACAUGUUCACAGGGCAGGGAAAAUCUUAUGCUGCUCCAUCAUGAACUGACACCAGUGCCCAGCAAUCACUCUCUCCCCCUUCUCUGUCCAACACCUACAUGUAGAGGUCGAGCCACUGGACCAGCUGACACUUGGGCUACUGGGAGGCCUGGGCUGUUUUUUCUUAAAUAUAUUUUGUAAUACUGUACAACCAAAUCUACCCUCCAAGGCCCUGGGCCCUCAUUGGUUCCACUAAUUGAAAGCUCUUUCUCUUCCAUGGACUUUAGUGUAAGUCCAGUAGGAAAGAGAAAUGGAGAUAGGAAAGAGAGUACCAUCCUUCUUCCAGGCCCUUGACUGCUCCUUUGCAUUGGGCCAAGGUUUGUACCUACCACACCAUGCAUGACUCAGAUGCCCUCAGGUCCCUUUUCUCUACAGUAUGUAUCCUGUGUGUGUUUGGGUUGAAGCACUACCUGACAUUAAAGGAAGGAUUUGGAGAGA